AUGACAGAGUCAGAUAUGAGAAAACGCUGUGUCUACACUCUUCUGGUCUUCGUGCUGAUACAGACAGGUGGGUUAGACUAACUCAUCUAGGAUAAGAUUCAAGUUUUAGUUUAGCAGAAACACACAUAGCAAAAACGGCAUUAAUAUAAUAAUUUAGGAUGAAAAAAAAAAUACUUAUUUCCAUUGUGGUCCUCAAAAACCCAAGGUUUCAUUACAUUGCAUUGGUAUGGUUAUGCAGUACUAAAACCUAUUUUAAUAGUUCAAGGUAGGGUAAUACACAUCCAGCUGAUUUAAAAAGUGUAAGGUUUCGGCAAAAAGAAAGGGAUAUUACAGGUUUCGACCUUUGUGUGUGUGCGUUUGUGCGCGUUUGUGCAUGCAUGUCUGAAUGUACUCAAUUGUGAAAUCAGCUUUUGUGAAAGAGCACAGUUAGAUAUGGCAUAUAGAAGCAAACCGGAUGGACAUCAUGAAAAUGAUCGAAGAAGGUUGAGGGUAGAGGAAGUUCAGGAGUAAAAACAAACAAAAUAUAAUUAUUGUAGAAUUGACUGUGUCCAUAAAAUGUAUAUAGUAUGUAUAAGCUGGAAGUAGAGGCCUAAGCAUUGUUGUUCACUAGUUUACUGCAAAUAGGGAAGGGGUGGUGGGGUUGGAAAGUAAUAAAGGGAAAUAUUAAUUUUUUAAAGGAUGUAUAUAUAUAUAUAUAUAUGUAUGUAUAUGUAUUUAUAUGUAUGUAUGUGUAUAUGUAUGUAUAUGUGUAUAUAUACAGUGGGGAGAACAAGUAUUUGAUACACUGCCGAUUUUGCAGGUUUUCCUACUUACAAAGCAUGUAGAGGUCUGUAAUUUUUUAUCAUAGGUACACUUCAACUGUGAGAGACGGAAUCUAAAACAAAAAUCCAGAAAAUCACAUUGUAUGAUUUUUAAGUAAUUCAUUUGCAUUUUAUUGCAUGACAUAAGUAUUUGAUCACCUACCAACCAGUAAGAAUUCCGGCUCUCACAGACCUGUUAGUUUUUCUUUAAGAAGCCCUCCUGUUUUCUACUCAUUACCUGUAUUAACUGCACCUGUUUGAACUCAUUACCUGUAUAAAAGACACCUGUCCACACACUCAAUCAAACAGACUCCAACCUCUCCACAAUGGCCAAGACCAGAGAGAUGUGUAAGGACAUCAGGGAUAAAAUUGUAGACCUGCACAAGGCUGGGAUGGGCUACAGGACAUUAGGCAAGCAGCUUGGUGAGAAGGCAACAACUGUUGGCGCAAUUAUUAGAAAAUGGAAGAAGUUCAAGAUGACGGUCAAUCACCCUCGGUCUGGGGCUCCAUGCAAGAUCUCACCUUGUGGGGCAUCAAUGAUCAUGAGGAAGGUGAGGGAUCAGCCCAGAACUAAACGGCAGGACCUGGUCAAUGACCUGAAGAGAGCUGGGACCACAGUCUCAAAGAAAACCAUUAGUAACACACUACGCCGUCAUGGAUUAAAAUCGUGUAGCGCACGCAAGGUCCCCCUGCUCAAGCCAGCGCAUGUCCAGGCCCGUUUGAAGUUUGCCAAUGACCAUCUGGAUGAUUCAGAGGAGGAAUGGGAGAAGGUCAUGUGGUCUGAUGAGACAGAAAUAGAGCUUUUUGGUCUAAACUCCACUCACCGUGUUUGGAGGAAGAAGAAGGAUGAGUACAACCCCAAGAACACCAUCCCAACUGUGAAGCAUGGAGGUGGAAACAUCAUUCUUUGGGGAUGAUUUUCUGCAAAGGGGACAGGACGACUGCACCGUAUUGAGGAGAGGAUGGAUGGGGCCAUGUAUCGCGAGAUCUUGGCCAACAACCUCCUUCCCUCAGUAAGAGCAUUGAAGAUGGGUCGUGGCUGGGUCUUCCAGCAUAACAACGACCCGAAACACACAGCCAGGGCAACUAAGGAGUGGCUCCGUAAGAAGCAUCUCAAGGUCCUGGAGUGGCCUAGCCAGUCUCCAGACCUGAACCCAAUAGAAAAUCUUUGGAAGGAGCUGAAAGUCCAUAUUGCCCAGCGAUAGCCCCAAAACCUGAAGGAUCUGGAGAAGGUCUGUAUGGAGGAGUGGGCCAAAAUCCCUGCUGCAGUGUGUGCAAACCUGGUGAAGACCUACAGGAAACGUAUGAUCUCUGUAAUUGCAAACAAAGGUUUCUGUACCAAAUAUUAAGUUCUGCUUUUCGGAUGUAUCAAAUACUUAUGUCAUGCAAUAAAAUGCAAAUUAAUUACUUAAAAAUCAUACAAUGUGAUUUUCUGGAUUUUUGUUUUAGAGUCCGUCUCUCACAGUUGAAGUGUACCUAUGAUAAAAAUUACAGACCUCUACAUGCUUUGUAAGUAGGAAAACCUGCAAAAUCGGCAGUGUAUCAAAUACUUGUUCUCCCCACUGUAUAUAUUUGUGAGAAAAAAACAUAUGGGGGAUUGGAAGUUAUGCAGACAAUUACAUUGAUGGAAGUUACAAUCUAUCUGCAAUUUUAAAGCUGAUCUACCCCCUAAAGAAUUGUACUCAAUUGUCAUACUUGAGUAAAAGUAAAGAUACCUUAAUAGAAAAUGACUCAAGUAAAUGUGAAAGUCACUCAGUAAAAUACUACUUGAGUAAAAGUCUCAAAGUAUCUAGUUUUAAAUGUAAGUACAGAGGUGGAAAAAGUACUCAAUUGUCAUACUUGAAUAAAAGUACAAAGUAAAAGUAAAUGCUAUACAUCAAAUUCCUUAUAUUAAGCAAACGAGACGGCACAAUUUUCAUAUUUUUUUUGGGAUUUACAGACACACUAACACUCAGACAUAAUUUACAAAUGCAGUAUUUGUGUUUAGUGAGUCCGCCAGAUUUGAGGCAUUAGGGAUAACAACGCGUUAUACUGAUAGGUGCGUGAAUUGGGCCAUAUUGCUGUCCUGCCUGAGCAUUCGAAAUGUAACAAGUACUUUUGGGUGCCAGGGAAAAUGUAUGGAGUAAAAAGUAUAUACACUGAGUGUACAAAACAUUAUUUCAUUUAAUUUAUAGUCAUUUAGCAGACGCUCUUAUCCAGAGCAACUUACAGGAGCAAUUAGGGUUAAGUGCCUUGCUCAAGGGCACAUCGACAGAUUUUUCACCUAGUCGGCUCGGGAAUUAGAACCAGCGACCUUUCGGUCAUUAUAGAUACAUACUCUUUCCAUGACAUAGACUGACCAGGCGAAUCCAGGUGAAAGCUAUGAUCCCUUAUUGAUGUCACUUGAUAAAUCCAGGACAUCCAGCCAACUUGACACAACCGUGGAAUGCAUUUAAAUCAACAUGGGCCAGCAUCCCUGUAGAACGCUUUCAAUAUUAGGACGGUGUUCUUAAUAUUUUGUAUACUCAGUGUAUUUUCUUAAGGAAAGUAGUGGAGUAAAGGUAAAAGUUGUCAAACAUAUAUAAAUAGUAAAGUACAGAUACCCAAAAUAACGACUUAAGUAGUACUUUAAAGUAUUUUUACUUAAGUACUUUACACCACUGUCUGAAUAUGUGUGAGUGUGUAUUAGUGUGUUUUUAAUGUAUGAUCCACAAAAACAUGGUUUCAGCAUUAUUUCACUGGAAGUGGCUGUCAUUUUUACUAGCGCCUACACAACUUUGAUGCAAAAACGUCUACUUUAUUACUUCACACAGGCAUGACAGACAGUGGGAUUUCUGUAUCUCACACAUGGGAUGGAUAUCAUCUAUCUAUCACCUGUCGUCUCAUGGGGGACAAUGACACUGUUUCUCAGAUCAACUGGGAGAUGACCAACAGUACACACCACACCACCACCAGACUGAAACUGGGCAUCUUCCAUCCCAUAUUCGGUACUUAAUAUAAUAAUAAUAUAAUAAUACUCAUUAAUUGCUUUUACUUUGACUAUUGCAGAAUGUGCAAAGUUGUCAUCAAGGCAAAGGGGGGCUACUUUGAAAAAUCUCAAAUAUAAAAUAUAUUUUGAUUUGUUUAACACUUUUUGGGUUACUACAUGAUUCCAUAUGUUUAUUUCAUAGUGUUGAUGUCUUCACUGUUAUUCUACAAUGUAGAAAAUAGAAAAAAAUAUAGAAAAACCCUAGAAUGAGUAGGUGUGUCCAAACCUUUGACUGGUACUGUAUAUUAAUAAUAUAAUAUAUGCCAUUAAGGUACCUACGUGGCCCCAGAGUACAACGAUACUGUGGAGAUCGAGGGUAGUACCUCAAGCGGCAGUUACACGCUCAGCCUGAGAGGUAGCGCUGUGUUGGAGGACAGUCAGCUCUGCUGUAAAUUCAUCACCUUUCCCUCUGGAGUGCUGGAGCAUUGUACAGAUACCAGGAUUAAUGAAAGUACAGGUACUCUCUCUCUCUCUCGCUCUCUCUCUUGUUUGUCUGUCUCUGUUUCUCUCUCUCCUUCUAUCCCACACAUCCUGGUAUUUCCCCUCUCUGGUUCCCUUUCUUUGUUGAUCACAACUAUCCAUACAAUACAUAUAAAAAAUAUUAUUUCACAAAAUUCAACUUUGCCAUCACAACUACUUGGGUUGGGUAGUGCUUGUAUGCACAAUUUUGUGUGAAUGUAUGUGAGCAUGAUUGAAUGUGGGUCUAUCUAUGGUCUACUCACAGAGGAGGCCCAGGAGUCAGAAGGCCCAGAGGGUUUACUAGGGGAGAGACAAGUGGAGCAGUGGGCUCUGCUAGUAGGAGGAUCUACCAUCUGUCUCCUCUGUAUUGCCACCUCUCUCUACUACUGCUGGAAGUAUUGCUACAGACACUGCUGCUGCAGGUACCUAUUCGUCAACCAAACCCAAUGUCUCUCUGUGUCUGUCUGUUCUCUCUGUCUCUCUCUCUCUCUCACUCUCACUCUCUCUCUCUCUCUAUAUAUAUAUAUACACUGAGUGCAGUGGCAAUUUUAGCAUGUAAAUCUUGGUGGGGCAAACAAAACAGAAAAAUGUUUUUAUGCAUGCCAGCAAAGCCACUACACAACACUAAACAAUACAGUCAUUGCACUAUAACGGUGACAAACGGGGCCCACAAACGGUUAGGGCCUACAUAAAGCUGUCACAACAGCAGAGCUUUCAUUUCAGCACUAUGGAGUGAAUCCUUACCACCGCUACACCUGGCUAUCAGCGGAGCCUUGUCUGGCAGCGAAACAGUUCAUUCAGUCUCAUUUACUGCCUUUUUUUAAAACAUAGCUGAUAUGGCUGACUUGCUUAAACAAAUGUGGUUUCUACUGACAAUUGAGAUGUACAAACUAUGACAUAAGGGAACGACGAGCGGUUAAGAGGCAAUCCAUAAUGAGCGAGCUAGGACGGAUGUAGUCAAUAUAAGUAUUUGUUCAGCACUUUUGAAAUGUACAGCGACAGAAUUCAGAACAUGGGCCGUUCUUACAGUAUUCUCCAUGUACACCAAGUCAGAACCGUAGGAUAAAUAAAGGGGGCAUAUAAGCAGACAAUGAAAGCUCUUACAAUAUUUGAUGAUGACAUUUCUCUAAAACAGGCUAUAGGCUACAUGUGCACCACCAAGUCAGAACAGUAAGCUAAGUUAUGAGGGGGAAAGGGACCAAAUUAUUAGGGUGAGGCACAUGGGCUACUAACAGCUUACUACACAACAUACACUUAGUAUUACUUUCUUAGCUACAGUAUACAUAUCUCCCUGGCAUAUUACAUCAUUUAUGCAGCAGCAUACAAUACAUUUUUGGACUCACCUUGUUGUGCUGUGCUCACUUGAACAGGAAGGUGGUGCGACGGUCCUUCUUGUGGGCUCUAGAAAGAGGCCCGAAAUCCCGACUUGGAAUUCCGAGUUGGAUGACCAUUCAAAAAUAAUUUUCCGUAUUCCCAGUUGUCUUGAACUCAGUGAAGUCUGUGAUUUCCCAGUUCCGAGUUUCCAGUUGUUUUGAACGCGGCAGAAGUCAUGCUUGAUUGACAGCAUGGCCAGUGUAUUCAAACCUUUCUGGCCCAUGGCGUUACACCCUUUUCGUGAUAUCCAAUUGGUAGUUAAGAUCUUGUCUCAUCGCUGCAACUCCCCUACGGACUCAGCGAAGGUUGAGAGCCAAGCCGCACUGCUUCUUGACACACUGCUCGCUUAAGCCGGAAGCCAGCCGCAUGUGUCAGAGGAAACACUGUCGAACUGACGACCGAAAUCAGCUUGCCCGGCCCGCCACAAGGAGUCGCUAGAGCACGAUGAGACAAGGACGUCCCGGCUAGCCAAACCCUCACCUAACCCGGACGAUGCUGGGCCCAUUGUGUGCUGCCUCAUGGACUGGGAGACCCAUGAGUCACAGCCGGCUGUGACACAGCCUGGGAUCGAACCCGGGGCUCCAGUGGCACCUUAGCAAUGUUACCACUGGCUGCCCCUCCACCACAGAAAGCACUGAGCUAGGCUGAAACACCUGCAUUUUGGAGCUGCCUUACUCAAGAAAGCAAAAAAUAGACCAUGUUUGUAUGCGGCUUUAUUAACUCAAGUUGCAAAGAAAAAGCCAUAUCUCAGACUGCCCAUCUUAAUCUUUUAUUUUUAUUGGCCAGUCUGAGAUAUGGCUUUUUCUUUGCAACUCUGCCUAGAAGGUCAGCAUCCCGGAGUCACCUCUUCACUGUUGAUGUUGAGACUGGUGUUUUGCGGGUACUAUUUAAUGAAGCUGCCAGUUGAGGAUCUGUGAGGUGUCUGUUUCUCAAACUAGACACUCUAAUGUAUUUGUCCUCUUGCUCAGUUGUACACCGGGGCCUCCCACUCCUCUUUCUAUUCUGGUUAGAGCCAGUUUGCACUGUUCUGUGAAGGGAGUAGUACACAGUGUUGUACGAGAUCUUCAGUUUCUUGGCAAUUUCUCGCAUGAAAUAGCCUUCAUUUCUCAGAACAAGAAUAGACUGACGAGUUUCAGAAGAAAGUUAUUUGUUUCUGGCCAUUUUGAGCCUGUAAUCGAACCCAAAAUUUCUGAUGCUCCAGAUACUCAACUAGUCUCAAGAAGGCCAGUUUUAUUGCUUCUUUAAUCAGCACAACAGUUUUCAGCUGUGCUAACAUAAUUGCAAAAGGGUUUUCUAAUGAUCAAUUAGCAUUUUAAAAUGAUAAACCUGGAUUAGCAAACACAACGUGCCAUUGGAACACAGGACUGAUGGUUGCUGAUAAUGAGCCUCUGUACGCCUAUGUAGAUAUUCCAUAAAAAAUCAGCAGUUUCCAGCAACAAUAGCCAUUUACAACAUUAACAAUGUCUACACUGUAUUUCUGAUAUAUAUAUAUAUAUAUAUAUAUAUAUAUAUAUAUAUAUAUAUAUAUAUAUGUCUCUCUUUGUCUAUCAAUGUCAUUCAUCUCUGUAUCUCUCUCCCUUUUGUUUCUCUUUAUCAUUUAUCCAAACAAACCAAGACAGUCGUGAAGAGGGCACGACAACACCUUUUCCCCCUUAGGAGACUGAAAAGAUUUGGCAUGGGUCCUCAGAUCUUUAAAAAGUUAUACAGCUGCACCAGCGAGAGCAUCCUGACCGGUUGCAUCACCGCCUGGUAUGGCAACUGCUCGGCCUCCGACCGCAAGGCGCUACAGAGGGUAGUGCGUACGGCCCAGUACAUCACUGGGGCCAAGCGUCCAGCCAUCCAGUACCUAUAUACUAGGCGGUGUCAGAGGAAGGGCCAACAAAUUGUCAAUGCCUCCAGUCACCCAAGUCAUAGACUGUUCUCUCUGCUACCGCACGGCAAGCGGUACCGGAGCGCCAAGUCUAGGUCCAAAAGGCUCCUUAAUAGCUUCUACCCCCAAGCCAUAUGGCUGCUGAACAAAUCAAAUGGCCACCCGGACUAUUUACAUUGACCCCCCCCCCCCCCCCCCCCGCACAUUGACUCACUGUUUAUUAUCUAUGCAUAGUCAGUUUACCCCUACCUACAUGUACAAAUUACCUCGACUAACCUGUAGCCCCGCACAUUGACUCGGUACCGGUACCCCCUGUAUAUAGCCUCAUUAUUGUUAUUUUAUUGUGUUACUUUUCAUUAAUUUUUUACUUUAGCUUAUUUAGUAAAUAUUUUCUUGACUCUAUUUCUUGAACUGCAUUGUUGGUUAAGGGCUUGUAAGUAAGCAUUUCACGCUAAGGUCUACUACACCUGUUGUAUUCGGCGCAUGUGACAAAAUACAAUUUUAUUUUAUUUUAUUUAUCUUCCUCUCUGUCUUUCUUUUCGCUUUGUAUUUCUCUCACACUCACAUGGAAAUACAGGCCUCUCUCUCUCUCUCUCAGUAAAGUUUCCAGUAGCACUGACUAUAACACCAAAAGUCAUCAGCUCUCUGACUGUAACACCAAUACUUAUCUGCUGAUAUAUAUUUUUCCAGGAGGCGAGUAUUCGAGGUGGAGACUUAUCUGACAGAUCAACACACAGACUCAGAGGUAAAGUUAUCCUGUCAGCUACUCUUUCAGCUCAACAUCCGCUACAUACCUUUUUGACACAAUGGAAAAGGACAUCUUUAUUUAGAAAUUAAGUAUUGCAAGGUAAUUGUAACCUAAAGCCCACAGAAAACGUCAUUGGUGUAACUGAAAGCAGGCUACCUUGGACCACUGUAAUCUAAAGUACCCCAAAAUUGGCCUAACUUCAUCUAAUGUAGGCACCCUAAUCACAAGCCUUUCUAGAGUCAUAGAGAUAAAGCAUUGCCUCUCUCUAUGGCUAGAGUGACCUCUGUAACUAUAGUGACCUACGUUACCAUGAAAACCCACAGGGCCCCGUCAGCAUGGUUAUCGCCAUGGUUUCCUGUUGUUCACUGUGAAUGACGUACAUGUGGUUAGACGUCUCGGCCAUCGCUCAGCCGUUUCUCUCUCUCUCUCACACACACACACACACUCAAAUGCGCACGCACACACACACACACACACAUACACAUACACACACACUGGUAAAUGUGGUUUGACAUCUCGGCCAUCGCUCAGCCGUUUCUCACAUUUUAUUCGAGAGGGUUGUACGGUCGAGAGAUUUGCUUUCAUUACACUUCUAUUACAGUCCUCUUUACAUUGAAAUUAUAUUUACAUGAUAGAACAUGAUUAGGCCUACAUUAUGGAGCCAACUGAUCCAAGAACUGUUACAAGCAACAUUACAUACAGUAUAAUUUAGUUACCAAUUAUUUUUAUAGUGUUUACAUUUACAUGAAAUGUACAUGAUAGAAUAUGAUAAAAGGACAACUAAAAAAAAUCAACAUUACAACAUUAGUUACCAAUUAUUUUCAAAACAACAUACUAGUCUCUCUUGCCCCACCCCCUCUAUCUCUUUACCAUCCAGGGGGUCACAGAGGAGCCACCCCAUCAACCCACCCUUCCCUCAACCCCUCACCCCCAGCUCCAGGGUUUUGACCCCUCUAAGCUGUACACUAAGAUCAAGCGGGACCUGCUGUAUGGACGGCUGUGGAAGGCCUACCAGGGGUCGGCUAGGGCCUGGGGCCCCACAACAAAGCAGGGACCACAGCAGCAAUGGCCACAACAAGGGGCAGAACUAGGGCCACAAAAGGUAUAUCUUCCUUUCUAUAGGUUUUUUAUUAAUAAGUCUAUGCACGAGGAAACCUAACCUUACAAAACAGUCUAUUGAAAACAAAGAAAUUGAAAAAGAUUAUACAACGUGAAUACAAAGCCUGUGGGCCAUGCACAAAUGACACAGAAAUCACACACAUGCUGUAGAGUAUUUGAUAAAGUCAUCAUCAUCAUCAGGUCUAUUUUCUUCUGGGGGAACAUCGGGCAUCACAGAGAGAGGAACCAGAAGAACCGGAAGUAGAACCUAAUCUAGAACAAGAACAAGAUCCUCAACCAACCCUGGAAGGAACC